UAGGACUGACCAGUUUGAAUGCCUUGCAAUCCAAGGGACUCGCAGGAGUCUUCUCCAGCACCAUAGUUCAAAGACCCCAAUUCUUUGUCACUCAGCCUUUCUUAUGGUCAGAACAAGCUCUAUAUAGUGGUAAAACAUGCAUGCACACACAUAGAUACAUAUAUAGAUAUGAAAUAAAUUAAUCAUGUAGACUGAAAAGCUACAUCAUGUUUGAUGCUAUAGCUGUUCUUAUUGCCUCACAGGAAUAUGAUAGAUGUGCCAGAGUUUUAUCAUAUAUUCAAGAAUUGCAAGCUAGGAAAAUUUACAUUCCGUAGUAGAUAACUGCAAACUGCGGUGAAAAUCACUAGUUUAAAAUGAAGUUCCAAACUCUCUAAAUUGCCUUAUCAUGAAUAUGAAAACAGAGAGGGGGAAAUCAAUAAUAAGAGCACUGAAGAUGGUUUCCCCUUGUUGUUUAAAUCAUUUCCUGUUAAAUCAGUUGAAUCACCCGUGUUUUGAUGAUCAUGAUAAUAUAAUAGAGUAGGCUGCAGCCAUGAAUGCAUUCAUCUGAGAAUAUGCCUCACUGAAUUUUAUGAGACUUAUUUCUGACAAGAUGCAGAUAUGUGUUUUUUUAAUCUAAUUGAUCAUUGCCUGGUGUUUCUAAAAUGAUUAGAUAAAAAUACUUUAUCCAACUACACUUCCUAAGAUUUACAUAAUAGUAUGUAUUGCUAAGUACAUCUGAAAAUUUAUGUAGCGAGGACAUAUGGAAUAUUUCAUCCCUAAAUUGUUGUACCUCAAAAUGGUCAGUUUGAACAUUCUAGCUUCAAAACAAAGCCUAACCUUUUGAGUGGCAUUGCUUUGCAUGUUAUCAUUUCUAAAACUGUCACUGAGGCUUAAAGCUCUUCCAUGCAAAUAAUUGCUUUCUUAUAUUCUUAAGAAUAAAGACAUUGAACACGAGAGCAAAUGAUCCUAUUAAGCCCAACCAUCAAGAGGCACCUAGUAGCAUUAUUUCUGACUAACACAUUUCAUUAAAAGUGCUGUGAGCCACAGUUCAUGAAAGCUUUUAAUAUAAGGUUUUCUCAGACUCACCUAAGAUUUUUGGCUACCCUAGAUUAAUAUGGCUCUCCUUCUAUAAUGUCUUUAGGAAGAAGAAGGAAGAUUUUGCUACGGCCUUUCGACGUAAUUAAUAUUCACUGAUAUAUUGAGAGAAUUUUAGCAGGCAAAGCAGCAAGAAAGUUUUCAUUUACUUACCUCUGCUGGAUCAGUUUAAUGAGUUUGGUUCUUAUUCUCUUCCCUUGCCUGAGCCAUUGUCAAACAGCUGGAUAAAAUUGAAGAUGAAUUGGAAAUGACAACAGUAUGUUAUCGACCAGAAGGAUUAGAACAACUUGAGGCACAAACCAAUUUCACAAAGAAGGAACUUCAAGUGCUUUACAGAGGAUUCAAAAAUGAAUGCCCUAGUGGAGCUGUUAAUGAAGAAACAUUCAAACAGAUCUAUGCACAGUUUUUCCCUCAUGGUGAUGCUAGUAUGUAUGCCCAUUAUCUUUUUAAUGCAUUUGAUACAGCGCAAAAUGGAUCUGUGAAGUUUGAGGAUUUUGUGAUGGCGCUCUCCAUUCUUUUGAGAGGAACAGUUCAUGAAAAACUACGAUGGACAUUUAAUCUCUAUGACAUAAAUAAAGAUGGCUAUAUAAACAAGGAGGAAAUGAUGGACAUAGUAAAAGCAAUUUAUGACAUGAUGGGCAAGUAUACUUACCCAGUGCUGAAGGAAGAUGCUCCAAGACAACAUGUAGAAGUAUUUUUCCAGAAAAUGGACAAAAACAAAGACGGCAUUGUAACUUUGGAUGAGUUUAUUGAGUCGUGUCAGGAGGAUGACAAUAUCAUGAGAUCCUUACAGCUUUUUGAAAAUGUCAUGUAACAGCAGCUGAAGAGCAGUCUAGAAAUCUGAGACUUUAUAUGUACUGAGAUCCUGAAGAAAACAAGUCAAGAUUUUUUCUCCCCAC